AUGCUUGACAACUUGAAAAAAAAGUCGAAACAGUGGUCAGUACAACGUAUAUGUCGAUUUAAGAAAGAAGCGGAAUUAGUAGAAACAAGAAACAGAAACUCUGAAAUGGCGAACAACGUCUUGGUCGGUGAAAGAGGCACGCAACUCUCAGGAGGACAGAAGCAACGUAUCGCCAUAGCGCGGGCGCUGGUUCGGGACCCCAAGAUUCUACUUCUGGACGAGGCCACCAGCGCUCUGGAUUCAGAAAGUGAACGAAUGUGCAUUCAGAUCAGAAAUUCACUUGGUUUCGGAUCUGUAACCGUCUGUCUCCCGGUGUCUGGCGUCUUCCCAGCCGGUCCGGCAGUUCAAGAGGCCCUCGACAUGGCCCGGGAAGGUCGCACCUGCAUCACGAUUGCUCAUAGACUGUCUUCAAUUCAAAACGCCGACUUAAUUGUAUAUAUCGAGAAUGGCAAAGUACGAGAAUCUGGCACACAUUCCCAGCUGAUGUACCGCCGUGGGCGCUACUACCAACUGAUCAAGAAGCAGGACCUUGCGGCAUAA